AUGGUUGAAGCUGAUAGAAUGCGAUAUUAUAGGACAAUACAGCCGAAACUGCGAGUGGAACGUUACAAGGGAUUGCACGAGUGCUUGGUCCGUGGAGAAACAAAUGCAGCUGCAACAGGUCAGCGAAUCAUAUUGCCUGGAUCAUUUACUGGAGGGCCGAGAUACAUGUUCAACAAUUGCAAGGACUCAUUUGCCAUUUGUAGAUAUAUCGGAUAUCCUAGCUUAUUUAUCACUAUGACAUGCAAUCCAGAAUGGCCUGAAGUCAAACGUUUUGUUGAAACACGAGGUUUGAAGCCUGAGGAUAGACCCGACAUACUUUGUAGAGUUUUCAAAAUGAAGUUGGACGAACUAAUUGAUGACUUGAAGAGCGGAAAAGUGUUCGGAAAGAUUAGUGGAUAUUCAAUCACCAUCGAAUUUCAAAAGCGAGGUCUUCCCCACGCACACAUUUUGGUCUUUGUCCAUGCCAAAUUCAAGCCCAAGACCCCCGAAGACAUCGACAAAGUUAUAUCCGCAGAAAUUCCAGACCGUACCAACAAUCCUGAAUUAUUUGAGGCUGUGCAGAAGUAUAUGAUUCACGGACCAUGCGGUGUACUAAAUUUGAAGUCACCAUGUAUGAACAAUGGAAAAUGCUCCAAGUUCUUUCCUAAAGAGUUUAGGACGAGGACCAUUAUUGAUGAUGAAGGUUUUCCUAAAUAUAGAAGAAGAGAGGAUGGCAGGACUGUCAAAAAGGGCAAAACUGUGCUGGAUAAUAGAUAUGUUGUACCAUACAACCCAUUGCUACUCCAAAAAUAUAGAGCUCACAUUAACGUUGAGUACACGUGCCAGACAAGUGCAAUAAAAUAUCUUUUCAAGUAUGUCCAUAAAGGCAACGACAGAGUGACGGCUGAAUUUUACCGAACUUCUGAUUCAAGUAAUCCAUCCCAGGUGAUUGAUGAAAUAAAAAAUUACUAUGACUACAGAUACAUCUCUGCGUGUGAGGCGGCAUGGCGAUUGUUUGGAUUUGAAGUGCACUAUAGAGAGCCUCCAGUUGUGAGGUUGCCAUUCCAUCUUCCGGGUGAGCAAAGCGUAGUGUACAAUGACGGUGAGACAGUACAGGAUGCAAUUGAAAAGGCCGACAUUAAGAAAAACAAGUUUAUAGGUUGGAUGGAGGCUAAUCAACUUUAUGCGGCUGGACAAGACAUUACUUAUUCAGAAUAUCCCACCAAAUUUGUUUGGAAAGACGACACAAGAGAAUGGCGCCCUAGAAAACAGGGUUUCUCAAUUGGUAGAAUUUCACAUGUGCCUCCAUCAUGCGGCGAGAACUAUUACUUAAGGAUCCUUCUGAACGUUCAAAAAGGUUGCACGAGUUUUAAAGACAUUCUCACUGUGAAAGAAGUGACCUACAGUACUUUUAAGGAUGCGUGUUGUGCUCUUGGUUUGCUAGAAGAUGACAAAGAAUUUGUAGACGCAAUAAAAGAGGCCAGCUUCUGGGGGUCAGGAGAGUAUCUUAGAAGACUGUUUGUGGUGUUGUUGAUGUCUAACAACAUGUCAAAUCCCGAGGUAGUUUGGGAUAAGUGCUGGCAAGAGCUUUCAGAUGAUAUUCUCUACAGACAAAGAAGACGCUUAGAUUACCCAGGACUGAAUCUAACAGAUGAUCAGAAAAAAAACAUGGCGCUCGCUGAGAUUGAGAACAUGCUACAAAACAAUGGCAGGAGCCUGCACAAUUUUGUUUCCAUGCCUUAUCCUUCAGACAUUGUUGUCGAAGACGUUGGACAAAGACUGAUUGUAGAGGAGUUGAAUUACGACAGGAAUGAAAUGAGUGAAUACUUGGACCAAUGUCUCUCCUCAAUAACUGACGAACAAAGGCAUGCGUAUGACAAAAUAAUUAACGCCGUCUAUGGAAACAAAGGUGGAUUUUUCUUCCUGUAUGGCUACGGUGGGACGGGUAAAACCUUUGUCUGGAAAACGCUUUCAGCAUCCAUUCGAUCAAGAGGUGAUAUUGUUCUCAAUGUGGCUUCAAGUGGUAUUGCUGCACUGUUGUUGCCUAGAGGAAGGACGGCGCACUCCAGGUUCAAGAUUCCCAUACCUAUAACUGAGGAUUCAACAUGCAACAUAAAGCAUAACAUCCCUCAUGCUAAAUUGCUGAUAAAGGCGAAACUGAUCAUUUGGGACGAAGCUCCUAUGAUGAGUAAAUGGUGUUACGAGGCUUUGGAUAAGUGCUUGAGAGACAUUUUGAGGUUCACCCCAGGAUAUGACUCCAGCUUGCCGUUCGGAGGAAAAGUUGUAGUUCUGGGCGGUGAUUUCAGGAAAAUCUUACCUGUAAUUCGAAGGGCAUCCAGGCAAGAUGUCAUCAGUGAUGGCAAGGUCGGACAGCCAGUUAACGGCGAAUCAGAAAUUCAAAUACCAGAUGAAAUCCUUAUAAAAAACUCAGAAACCGGUUUUGAAGACUUGGUCAAUUUUACCUACCCUUAUUUGUUGCGUAACAUGUCUAACUCUGAAUACUUCAGGGAAAGAUCCAUUUUGGCCCCCACGAUUGAACUGGUUGGAAAGGUCAAUGAUUACAUGAUGUCUCGGGUCUCGGCAGAAGAAAGGGAAUACUUGAGCUCUGAUUCAAUAUACAAAGAAGACGGCAAUGUUGAGAGUGAGCUGGAUGCAUUUUCCCCCGAGGUAUUGAAUGCGAUGAACUGUUCAGGACUGCCACCGCAUAAGUUGAGUUUGAAAAUUGGAGUCCCAGUAAUAUUAAUGAGAAAUAUCGACCAGUCCAACGGAUUGUGUAAUGGAACAAGAUUGACGGUGAAGAGAUUUGGAGACCAUGUCAUUCAGUGCACCGUUCUAACUGGGACUAAAGCUGGAUCUACUGUACUGAUUCCUAGGAUGACCAUGAAUACAAAUAACACAAAUCUACCAUUCCAAUUUCAGAGACGGCAGUUGCCUAUAUGUGUCUGCUUCGGUAUGACGAUAAACAAAGCGCAGGGACAAACACUAGGGUGUGUUGGGUUAUAUCUUCCAAGACCGGUUUUUAGCCACGGACAAUUAUAUGUGGCGCUAUCAAGAGUCAAAAGCAAACAAGGGCUAAGGAUCCUCAUAGAAAACCACGACGAUCUCCCUUCUAAUACAACAAUUAAUGCUGUGUAUGAAGAAGUGUUUGACAAUAUAACUCCAUAA